ACCCGCGCUGCCCGGUGAGCACGAGCACCCCAAGCAGGGACGGCUUGCACUUUAGUGUCACCUGCAUGCCAUUACAGGCGACACACACACACACACACACACACACACACACACACACACACACACACACACACACACACACACACACACACACACACACGCUGCGGGUGUGUGUAUGAGCGACGCCGCCGCCGACACGGAGGAGAACGCCGCGGCUCGUGCGCUGCUGGACUGCUGCGGAGGCCUCAACAACCUGGACUACAGCAAGGUGGACAUGUCUCCGAUGGAGGACGUCCUGAAGCACGUUGACGUUCGCGACUCGAGGUUCUGCGUCGCUGUGAUCGCCAUCAUUUUCAACCCUCUCUUCUGGAACCUGGUGGCGAGGUGGGAGCAUCGCACGCGGCGUCUCAGUCGGCUCUUUGGCAGUCCCUACCUGGCCUGUUACAGCCUCGGCUUCCUCAUCAUUCUGCUCAACGUGUACCGCAGCCACAGCAUGACGGUGGCCAUGAAGGCUCAGGCGAGGUGGGAGGCGAUGGAGAGGACGGAGAUCUUCUACACUGGUGUGGCUCUCCUGGUGCUCGGCACUCUGCUGGUGGUCAGCAGCUUCCUGGCUCUGGGAUUCACCGGCACCUUUCUAGGUGACUACUUUGGCAUCCUGAUGGAGGAGAAGGUCACAGGAUUUCCUUUCAACAUCAUAGAGAAUCCGAUGUACUGGGGCAGCACUGCCAACUACCUCGGCCUGGCACUCAUCGGUGCCAGCCCUGUAGGUCUCGUCCUCACAGCAGUAGUGGCUGUGUCUUACAAGGUGGCGAUAGGAUUUGAAGGACCAUUCACCGAGCAGAUCUAUGAGGAGCGGAGUCGGCGCUGCAAGCACAAAUGAUCCCGGCCGAGGAGGCGCACCCAGACGGGCCGGCGGAGCGAGCGAGCGACUUCCUGACAGCUUCGAUUAUCAAUCAGCCGCCCGGCGUGGACGCCAAGGCCGCCGCGCUCACGCUGCUCAAUUGCUCAACUGCUGUGAUCCGGAUGCUUUUUUUUUUUUUUUUUUUUGUUCCCCCUUCACGUGUACCUCACAUCUGAUGCUUUCGAACCAGUGGACAGAAAAAUCAAUCAUUUGAAUGAUCAUGGACAUGUGGUAGAAGAUUGAAUCCAUCAUCUGUUCUCAAAUCAGCGUCUUAGUGAUCUUAUUGGAGCUCCAAUCAGCAAAUGUUUGAUAUUUUUAACUUGAUAAAUAACAAAAGCAUUCAAUUGUCAAAAUUACAAAAACUGAAU